AUACUUUUCGGCGCGCAAAUUAAUUUCAGUCGAAGUUCGGAAGGCAAGUUGGUAACUUGCAAAUUAUUAUUAUCUAUUAUUUAAUUUUUUUAAACUUCGAGGGACAAUCGAAUAAAUGGCAAACCAUAGAAGUGUAGAAAUAAAUGCUGAUUUGGUUAAGGAGAGGUCAAAAUGCAGUUUUGAUCUCGAAGAACUCACAAACUUAAUUGAUGGAGGAAAGAAGAAGACAAAGCAACGGAGGCAGAUGGAGGAUUACGCAUUGAACUCCGGCGCAUCCAUCGACCCGGUUCCUGAGGAAUGCCUAAGCAUCCAGGAGCGCUACGAAAAUGCGGUCAGAAAGUCCUGCGUCUACAGCGCCUUGGUUAGGGAAAGCCUGGUCAACAUCACGGGAUUGGAAGACCUGGGUUUGUCCUCACCAGUUCUUCAGCGUACAUCGGAUGCAUUCUUCAAAGAGAUCUCCCCGUUCUUGCUCCACUUCGGAAUGUUCGUGCCCACCAUCAUCGGGCAAUGCACUCCUGAACAGCAGGCCAAGUGGCUGCCCCUUGCUAUGGACUUGCAAAUUAUUGGGACUUACGCUCAGACAGAAUUAGGACACGGCACGUUCAUCAGAGGUUUGGAAACGACAGCUACAUACGACCCAAGUACAGAGGAAUUUGUUCUCAGCACUCCAAAAUUAUCUUCAUACAAAUGGUGGGCCGGCGGGUUGGGUAAAACUGCCAGUCACUGCAUAGUGUUAGCCCAACUUUACACUAAGGGCGAGUGCCAUGGGCCCCAUGCUUUCAUAGUCCAGAUCAGGGACAAGGAGACUCACAUGCCUUUACCUGGGAUAAAAGUGGGGGAGAUCGGCCCUAAGUUAGGGUUCAACACUGCAGACAAUGGAUAUCUUGGAUUUGACAACUUUCGGAUACCAAGGGACAAUUUGAUGAUGAAAAAUGCUCAGGUUACCAAGGAUGGUACGUAUGUGAAGGUGGCUCGUCACGGCAAACUGACGUACGGCACCAUGGUGUUUGUAAGAGUGAUGCUGGUGAGCGAUAUGGCGUACUACCUCGCUAAAGCCGUCACCAUAGCAGUUCGGUACUCGGCGGUGCGGCGGCAGUCACAGCCGAAGCCAGACCAGCCCGAGGCUCAGGUUUUGGACUACCUCACGCAGCAGCACAAGCUGUUCAUCUGCAUCUCCUCGUCGCACGCUAUGAGACUAACCAGCUCUUGGCUAUGGAAAACGUUCACGGCUGUUCUAGCCGACAUGCGUGAAGGAAACACUGAUACUUUGCCUGAACUUCAUGCACUUUCCAGCUGUCUAAAGGCACUGAGCACCUCAGACACAGCUGCCCUCAUAGAGCAAUGCCGGUUCGCGUGCGGUGGCCACGGCUACAUGUACUCCUCAAACCUGCCAGCUCUUUAUAGUUUCGCUGCUGCCACGAGGACCUACGAAGGAGAUUAUACUGUGCUGCUGCUGCAGACUGCCAGGUUUCUAGUGAAAUCAUGGGAGCAGAUGGAGGAAGGGAAGCCUUUAACCCCCACUCUAGCGUACUUGACUCAGAGUCGAGAUGGCAACCAAGCGAAAUGGGAUGACAGUCCUGAAGGCAUCAUCAGCGGUUUCCAUGCUAUCGCCGCAGGAAGGAUCACUUCUUGCGUGAACAGCAUUAGGAAACAUGUAAGAAAUGGCAUGGACUAUGAAGACGCUUGGCAACUGACGACAGUGCAGCUCGUUGGGGCUGCAGAGGCUCACUGCCUCGCUGUCAUAUGCAGAGUGUACAGAGAUGAAACUAUCAAGAUGACAGCCGAGUGCAGUGCGGGAGUCAAAACAGUCUUGGACCAGUUGUCGAUGCUGUACCUGCUCUACUGGUCUUUGGAGAAGACCGGGGACUUGCUCAGAUUCUCAUCGCUAUCGGAGAAGGAUAUUGUGAGCUUGCAGGAGCGAUACGAAGCGUUGCUGCUCAAGAUAAGGCCCAACGCGGUCAGCUUGGUCGAUGCGUUUGAUUUUAGGGACGAAGUACUAUCCUCAACCCUGGGUUCCUACGACGGGCGCGUGUACGAGAGGCUGAUGGAAGAGGCUCUCAAAACCCCUCUCAAUAAGGAACCAGUCAACCAAUCCUUUCACAAAUAUAUGAAACCUAUGCUGCAGGGAAAGCUGUAAUUAAUUAAGAUAAAGAAAUUUAAUUGAUAGCGUUAUAUUUAGUACAAUUUGAUCGAGCUAACUGCGCAAAUCGCUGGAAUUCGACUUUUCCUCAAACACCUCCCUGCGUUCACCCUGUCCGUACCAAAGCGUCGUUGUGACGUCACGGCUGCUAGGUGCGCAGUUAACUCGAUCGAGUUGUAAAAAAAUAAAAACAAUACUUUUCCCAGACGCAAUCCAUCUAAUUUAAUUCGUUCAGAAAAAAAUAGAAACGUAUUAUGUCAAGGGAAAGGGGGGAUAUGAUAUCCCUUCAUCACUCAUUUAUCAUUAAAUGAGUGUUUCUAAAUACUUAAAAUAUAAUUUACUUGACACUGGCUAAAACCGCACGAAGCCAUAUUCUAGACAAAAAAAAGUUAGUAGAGGGCCUACCCUCAUUUAUAUUUUUAACUUUAACUAAUUAUUUUUUUCCAUGACAUGAGUUUGACAUAAAAAAUUUAGUGGAGACAAAAGGUUAGAUAUAAAUAAUCCGCGGGAUAGUAAAAAAAAAAAUAGAUAUUAAUAUUUAAAAACAAAUAAUAAUAUCUAGUGAAUUCUAGUGGGUGUAAGUGCUUUAAUUUUAGAUCGAAACAAACAAAUAUUAUAAUAAUGUAAGUAAAUUAUAUUAAUUAAAUUAUGUUUUUGCAAUAACCAUUAAAUUGGAACUGAAAUUAUUUUUUUGUUUCCUUUUAUAUUUUCAUGAUUAUUUUACAAUCACUUGUGUUACUAAUAACUUUGUCACUCACACACUUGUGUAUGUAAAUGUCAAAGAAAAUACAUAGGAGACGCAAAAUAAUUUUACUACUAACCAAUCUUCAGGCUAAAGACAUGCAUACCUUUGAUUAUAUUAAAACUUUAUUUAUACAUGUCAUAUUAUACACAUGUUAGUCAAGUUAGGUUUUUUAAGCACGUAAUUUUGUUUAAUAUGCUAACUUUAUGUCACGAGUACCUACCAAAGUAAAAAAAAAGUUAAUUAAUGAUUUCAAAGGUCUCUCAGAAGUUGUUGGUCGCGUAAAAUCUUUGCUAACGGUGUUUUUUUGGAAGUUUUUAUUAUUUAGCUUUCCGGCGUAGUCCAGUUUAAUAAAUUAGAGGUUAUUUAGUGGGCCGAUAAAAGAUGUCUUUCAAAUUUACACAUUUAUUAAGUUUUUUGAACCAAUUUUAUUAUGCAUAUUCGAUCGGUUGCUAUGACAUGCGACAGCAAUUGACAGACUAAGGCUGGAUCCACACACAAGGAGAAAUCUCGUUAAAAACGACAAAUGUAAGGCUGUGAUGCACCAACUUACUUUGACCGUAACUUUAAUAAUAAGUACAGUAUACAGUGAGUUUGUAUGGAGUUUGACAUAUUUUUGACGUUUGAUAAAGUCAAAAUAAGAUAGUGCAACUCAGCCUAAUAAAGUUUUAAAAGUUAUUUAGGUAUUUACUACAAACCAUGGCCUUCUGUAUGGAGAAACCAUAAUUUAUCAAGAUAGAUUAAAUUCAUAUUAAUGAUUUUGUC